AUGAUAUUUCAUAGUGGCCUCGGUGUUCAACUGCCUCAAUACAAUUCACCUACUCAAUUUGAUCAUCAAGAGCGACUUAAUCGACAAUUUGAUUUAUUGAAUCCAUAUACAAAUACUUCAUAUCAAUUUCAUGGAUCUUUAGAAUCGAAUAAUAAAGUGUUGGAGGAGGACAAUAAUACUCAAACUCAGAACCGACGGAUUGGGUAUCCAACGGCUUCUUCCAUAUCAGUACAUAAUACGGCUUUUUCCGGCGCAUUAAUUGCGACGAUGCCUCAAAAGCGAAAUGCUUCCGGUGAACCAAAUGGUUCAAAUGGUCCUCCUGUUGCGAAGCAGAUCAAGUCAGAACAACAUCCAGAAGAAUUCUCAAAUACCGUGAAGAAGAAGUUGCAAGCUUCGACGAGGACGGGUCAAGCUUGCGACCGUUGUAAGGUCCGUAAGAUACGAUGCGAUGGAUUACCAGGUGGUUGUUCGCCAUGUUUACAAAAUAAUACGGAAUGUAAAACGACGGAUCGAAUAACUGGUCGUGCUACAUCGCGGGGUUAUGUUGAGGGAAUCGAACAACAAAAUCGAGAUUUGCAACAUCGAAUUCAAGAAUUGGAACAUCGAUUGAUGCAGAGUGGCGCUGAUGUUAAACCUAUCAAUGGAUAUUCUGAUCCAGGAGCUGAACAAUAUGGAUAUGGUCAAGCUACAAAUGGAAUGCAACCAGUAUGGAGUUCGGCAGGUCCAGCAUAUUCUUCACCCACUUCAACCACGGCGAUCAAUGGUCAAGAGACCAAUAUGUUUCGCGCUUUACCUGCCUAUCGAGCUGGAUGUAUGGGCGAUAAUUACCUCGGAGUAUCACCUGGAAGCUCUCAUUUAAGCGCAAUCAAAGGUACCGCCUUGUCUAUUCUAGGUAUGGAGAUUGAUAUUGCGGAUUUUCGUUCCACGGAUAUGGAUGAGCCGGACUCUUCGGUUUUUCAUCCUCAACUUUACAAUAAAUCAUACCAGUCUUUUCUCCAAUCGGCGUGGAACGUGAAUCCAAGAAUUGAAAAGGUCGAUUUGCCAUCACGUUCAGACGGUAUCACGUAUGCACAAUGGUAUUUUCGUGUCAUCAACCCAUACUGUCCACUACUCCAUCGAGGAACUUUCAUGAGAUUGUUAAUUCGCAUGUACGAUGAUCCCACCUUUCGCCCCACAACCGCCGAGAACGUCACUGUUCAUAUGCUCUUCGCAAUCAUGUUCUUCCAGUACGCAACUAGAAAUUGGGAAGAUGCGGAACAACAAGCCAAUCUAAACUCACAAUCAAAUAUGCACUACCACUACUGUCUUGGCAUGUUCUAUCAGCUAGCCGGCAGUCACACGGUACACGAUGUUCAAGCUCUGGCUCUCAUCUGCAUGCAUCUUCGAAACUUUCCUAAGCCGGGAGCGAGUUGGGUGCUUGCACGAAUGGCAAUGACCCUUGCCAUUGAACUUGGUCUCCAUCGAUCAAUUAAGAGAUGGGCACCCGAUUCCAACACGCUCACCGAACUCGACAUCGAAAUGCGUAGACGAACAUUUUGGGUCAUCCUUGCUGUUACUGUUACUCUUAGCGGAAAGCUGGGUCGUCCAAUGCCUCUUCGGAAUGAAGAUUAUGAUGUCGAAUUUCCAUCGCCCAUUGACGAUGACUACGUUCCUGGUGAAGGUGUUGAGUCACCUCAUCCCAUUAAAUGUAACCAUGAGAUUGGAAUCCAGGCUUUCAAGAUCAUACCAUGUUAUCUGGAACUUUAUUCAACCAUUUAUUCAAUUUCUCGUCGACCGGAUACCUACAUUGCAACUGUCAACAGAUUGGAAGCCAAGAUCCGUGCUUGGAAGGAAGAUUUGCCUUCGGAACUUGUAAAUGGAGAGUUGGGACAUAACGAACAAGAAGGGCGAGUAUUCGCUCUUUAUGCUCAAUCUUGGUCUCAAGAAUUCCGUCUUCUUCUUCGCCAUCCAUCAGUAUCUAUGACCCCAGACCCUGAUUUCAAUGCCGAGAGCAUGAGAAUCUGCGUAGAGUCUUCUCGUCAGAUGCUGGGAGUUGUUCGCCAAUUGCAGAAGUAUAAGAGUCUGGAUACGACUUGGUACAAUACCUCGGUUUAUGUUAUGGCACUUACAACCACACUUUUUGCUCAAUGGGAGAAACGUGGCGGGACAUCGACGGCUGACUUGGCUGCGUUAAGAGAGGAAAUGGAUAUAUGGUUGGAGAUUAUGGGGGAUAUAGGCUCGCUGCUUGGUUCGGGAACACGACUUCGAGAAGCGGUUCGAGUUGUUACGGAUGGGACACUGGGUUUGCUAAGCCGAAAUUUACUGGUCAAGAAUGAUAAAAGCUACGGUUCAAACAAUGCUCAGGAAGAGGUUAGACCUUCAGAGCAAAAUGCAAAUGCCAACACGAAUACGAAUAAUGGCUACUCAAUAACUACUCAGAACUACAAUUACAAUGAAGCUCCCUCUGGUAGUGGAAUCGCACCUACAGCUAACUACCCGCCCUCCGAAGGCCAAAUGUCCCACCAACAAACACCCUAUCCAGCAGCAACCCAAUAUUCGCCAUACCUUGAAGCCGCUUCAAAUACUUCGGAUUUGACGUAUGCUCAAGCAGAGAAUCAAACUUAUGCACCUUAUCCAACUCCAACUACCGAUUCCGUCGAAGCACCGUUAAUUGCUGCAUUGGCUGCCCAAGCAUCUCAGGUCGCCCCCAAUACAUGGCACAGGAAUUCAAUUCAAGUCAAUACAGCACCCACACAAGCAUGGCAACAUUGGACUUCUACCAUCACAGGCAACCUCGAGCCGCAAGAAUGUUAUUCGGCAAGUGCUUUGAUGCAACUAGGGGGAAGAGAUAUGAGCAAUGGUGAUACGACACAACCAAAUACAUCCAUGAGUGAAGUUCAAAAUGGAGUCGUUGGUGAACAAGGACAUUUGGGUGGACAAGUUUCGGGCGCAAUUGUUGGUGCUACAUGGCCUCUUAAUCUUUUUGAUAUUGGACCAAAUGGUACGACUGGCUGA